AUGACAGUCUCACUCCAAAGUUCGGCCUUCCUCGAGGCUAUCGAGAAACAUGAACCAUCUUCUAUUGCUGUCGUGGAGAACGACACCGGCGGCAGCUUCUCUUAUAACUCCCUGCUGCACAGGAUCACGCGUGCUAAAGAGCUGCUUUUGCUGAAGACGGGUAACAGCGACAGACAUUUCCGGCGAGCGGAUUGCUUUCAUGUGACCCUGCUGGCUAUCCUCGCCUCCAACGCCAUUGCUGUGCCAUUGGCGCCUUCCUGUCCAGUUCCUGAAUUGAGGUACAUUCUUGAUAAUAGCGAGGCGCUGGUUCUGAUCUCGUCGAGCAAGUUCACUGCCAAGGCAAGCGAAGUACUUGACGAUGGCUUGACAAAGCCGCCCUUAUACUACCAAUUUGACGGAACCUGGCCUGCCCCAACAGACGAUAAGGAAGUCACUCUCUAUGACUUUUCCGAUGAGCUGUCCGGUGGCAUGAUGCUAUUCACCUCUGGAACUACUGCACGACCCAAAGGUGUUGUACUGUCUCUGGCCAACCUCACCGCUCAAGCAAGCAGUCUCCUAGAAGCAUGGCAAUAUGCCCCGAGCGAUCGACUCUUGCACGUCUUGCCCCUGCAUCACAAUCACGGCACCGUGAACGCUCUCCUAACACCGCUACUUGCCGGUAGUAGCAUCGAGUUUAUGUAUCCUUUCAACGUGAGCUCCGUAUGGACGCGGCUUGCCGCACCGUUUCUACAAACUCCGGGUAUGAACGGCAUCCACAAAGCGGCCGGCGAUGCCAAAUAUGUUACACAAAUGCACAUAGCAUUCUUUACUGCCGUACCUACGAUCUGGUCUCGUCUACUACGCACCUACGAGUUGCUUUCUCCCGAGAUGCAAAAACCUUGCCGGCAGGCAAUCUCCCCAGGAUACCUCCGACCAGGCAUUUCCGGGUCAGCCGCCUUACCCAAGCCGAUUCGAGACGGCUGGGCCGAACUCUCCGGGGGCAAUCUGCUACUUGAGCGGUACGGAAUGACCGAAGUCGGAAUGGCGCUGUCCUGCGGCCUUGAAGAAGUCGAUCGUGUUGACGGCUGCGUGGGCUGGCCUUUUCCAUCCGUCGAAGCCCGUCUCAUGGAGACCGACGACGAUACCGGAUCUCAAGUCGUCAUUUCCCUUGGCGUAGAGACGGAUCUUGACUCGGGCAGGGAACGCGUUAGGGAAAUACAACUCCGCGGACCUACGGUCUUCAAAGGAUAUUGGCGUAACGAUGAGGCGACCGCGAAGGAAUUCACCACUGACGAAUGGUUCAAGACAGGUGACAUCGCCGUACGAUGCAGGGUUCCAGGCUCGGGCUUGGGUAAGUCUGGCUCUUGGGCGCAGGGCCCCGCCUACUUCAUUCGGGGUCGCCGAAGUGUGGAUAUUAUCAAGACGGGCGGGGAGAAGGUCGAGGAAUGUGCUGUGGUCGGUCUGGCUUCUGAAGCCUGGGACCACAAAGUUGCAGCGGUGAUUGCGCUCUCAGAAAACAGUCCGAGUGAAUCCGAGCCGAUCAGCCUGCGAUAUUUGAGGGAUUCUUUGAAGAGUCGCCUCACAGCCUACAAGAUUCCGCAGGACAUGGAAAUCGUGGAUAUGUUACCGCGCAAUGCCAUGGGGGAGGUGAAUAAGAAGGAAUUGAUAGCCAGUGUCUUCGGGGGUAUCGAGGGCAUUAGAAGAAGAAGCUUUAGUCUAGGAAAGGGGCGCGUGUCGUCAGCUGCGACCACAACUACAUGA